GCGUUCAUUGACGUUUCGAUGAUUAGCUUUGGUGUUUUAACAUUUAUAUCAUUUGUUGCAUCAAUUCAUUUAUAAAAUGAAUAGAACAAAGUCAUACAAAUCAAGAAGUCGAUCCAGAUCAAGGGAAAAACACAGAAAACGAAAAUAUGAUCGAGAACGAAGUUCUGACAGCUCAGAAGAAAGAGACCGUAACAAAAGGAAGAAAAAGAAAUCGAAAAAGGCAUCGUCCAGGUCUCGAUCACCACAUGACCGUGACAAAAGGAAACAUCGUCGGGACUCCAACAGUGGCAAUGAGUCUGACCCCAGGUCAAGGUCACAUAAGAGCAAGAAGCAUCGUGGCAGCGAUAGUUCAGACUCCGAUGCAUCAGAUGGAGAGGGUUUAAGAGGUGGCAGCGUGUUGUCACGGCUCAGUGCAGAACAGAUGGAGAAGUUAAAGGAGGAGGCUAGGUUGCGAAAAAGCUACAUAAAGGCAGUAGAAACCCCUGAAGAAAAAAGAGCAAGGCGCCUUGCCAAAAAGGAGGCAAAGGAGAGAAAAAGACGAGAAAAGAUGGGCUGGGAUCAAGAGUACAUGGGUUACACAAACGUGGACAACCCAUUUGGGGACGAACACCUUACAGAUACAUUUGUGUGGACGAAGAAAAUCUCAAAGGAAGGAAAUGAAGAGCUCGAUAAAAACCAGAUACACAUGAUGACCAAGAAAAAAAUGGAGGAAAACAGGGUGGAGUUGGAAAAGGUCAAGAAACGCCGUCUGGAGCGUGAACGUGAAAGAGAGGAACGGGAAAAUGAAAGGGAAAUGUUGCAGAGGGACAAGGAGGCUGAGUAUUACCGGGAAUGGGAGAAAUCUGAGGAUACGUUCCACCUUCAACAAGCUAAGAUGCGCUCAGAGAUUCGUAUCCAGGACGGGCGGGCGAAGCCUAUCGACCUGCUUGCCAAGUACAUCAGUGCGGAGGACGAUGAGCUUGCUGUGGAGAUGCAUGAGCCCUACACCUAUCUAUAUGGUUUGACCUCUACUGACCUCGAGGAUUUGCUGGAGGACAUCAAGGUGUAUCUGGAGCUGGAGCAGGGAAAGAACACGGAGUACUGGCGGGACAUCGUCACGGUAACGGAGGAUGAGCUGCAGAAACUGAGGAAGCUGGAGAACACUAGAGAUUACCGAGACCUUCGUGAGGGUGUGAAUGCAGCAGUGACUGACGAAGUGGUGGCCGUGUUUAAGGGGAAGACGACCAAACAGCUGCUGUUGCUGGAGGAGCAGAUGAGGAAGAAAUUGGCGGGAGGAGAAGGGGUGGAUGUAGGUUACUGGGAGUCCUUGUUACAGCAGCUGAAGGCCCACAUGGCCAAGACUCGUCUCAGGGAACGACAUCAGGACGUCCUGAGAAAGAAACUCUUCAAGCUCAAACAAGAGCAAGGAAUAGAGUCCGCUGGUCUGUUUCCGGCGGGAUUACAAAGGGAGGGUACUCCAAAUUCUGGCCGUGCAACUCCAAACUCUGGUAGAUCUACACCUGUGAAGAAGUCACGGCCAACUGGUGCUGAUGGUGCUGAUGAUGUGGGAAGUAGUACUGAGGAUGUAGUCAAAGUGAAGCAAGAGGAGGAACAACCUGGUCCUAGCACAUCUGGAUUGGAGACGCAACAUUCCCCAGAGGGAGAAGCAGAAGACAACGAAAAUGAUGAAAUUGAACUUUCUGAGGAAGAUUUUGUGGAGGACCCAGCAGUUGUAGAGUAUCGUGCGGGUAACUACUCCCCCGUACUCUUUGCCCCGCGGGAAAUUGAUGAUUUAGAGGCGGUUAUAUACGACCCUCUUGAUGAUAUGAAGAAACUCGCACUGGCUCGCACACAGGUGAAAUCCACCGGUAAAGUCCGGUUGGACCAGGAGUCGGAGCUGAUAGAGAAGGCAAGGGAGGGCAUGGAUGAUGAGGAGGCCCAGUUCAGUGUGCAGCAUGAGCUUGAGAAACAGUCCUUCCUCUGGUCAGACAAGUACAGGCCUAGGAAACCAAGGUUCUUCAAUAGAGUACAUACUGGCUUUGAAUGGAACAAGUACAACCAGACCCACUAUGACAUUGACAACCCUCCGCCUAAGAUUGUACAGGGAUACAAGUUUAAUAUAUUCUACCCAGAUCUCAUUGACAAGUCCAGGACCCCAGAAUACACUGUGACGCCAAUACCAUCAGAACCAGAUUUUGCCAUUCUUAAAUUUCAUGCAGGACCACCGUACGAGGACAUUGCCUUUAAGGUUGUCAACAAAGAGUGGGAGCAUUCGUACAAACGCAGUUUCCGCUGUCAGUUUGCCAACAAUAUCAUGCAGCUCUGGUUCCACUUCAAGAGAGAACGCUACAGGAGAUAGCACCUGCAUAGUUUUGGGAACAAUUUGGGAUCCAGCUUACUCACCAUAGGAGUUAGCCUCUGUACAUUUUUGAGGACUCAUUUGUUCCCAGCUUGCUGCUGUAUUACAUUGGAACCACAUCAGCUUUUAUGACUGCAGGGCACCAGAGUGGGAUUCUUGAACUUAACCCAUGUUUACACUUCAUGUUAGGCACCUGUACUGGCUGGGUACCAAACUCACAUAUAAGUGACUUUGUUGACUCCUAACUCACUGGGAACCAGACUGGCAGAAUAACCCUUACGGUUCCCUGCUUGAUUGCAUUACUGCGUCUGCUUUUGAUCCUACAAUGGCUUGGCACAAAACUCAUAUUUAAGUGACUGUGUUUAUUUCUGACUCACUGGGAACCAUACUGACUAAAUUGCCCUAACAGUUCCCAGCUUGAUUGCAUUACUGCAUCUACAUUGGCUCUUAUAAUCGCUGAGUACCAAACUCAUGUUUUUGGGGCCAUGUUUUUUCAUGCAGUUAACCCUUUAAGCGCUGGAACCGAAUUUUGAAGGCCUUUGCAAACAGUUUGGAUCCAGAUGAGACGCCACAAAAUGUGGCGUCUCAUCUGGAUCCAAACUGUUUGCUAUUCUGAUAGUAAUCUUUGAAAAAAAUCAAAGAAAAUGCAAAUUUUAGAAAUUCAGCAGACGAUAUUUUAGCAGACGACAAAUUUCCCAGCAUGCAAAGGGUUAAGGUGGCUUACUCGCCCAUGUAAUGAGUGAAACAAAUUAUAGUAAAAGCAACAAGAUGCAUUGUGACGUAUAAAUAUGCUUCACUCAACAUAUCACUUCGCAAGAACAUGACAAUCGUUUCUCAUUGAAAAAUAAUGCUAUUGCAACUGCGAUAAGUGCACCAAAUAACCCAUGGCCCCUCCUACCUGGUAAAGGUAUCUUAAUAGUAGGCAAAGACAUUGCCAGUACCAUGAUGGGGUACCAUAUUCAAAUUCUAAGUAAUAUUCUUAGUUUUCUGAUGGGUACCAUAUUCAUAUUAAGUACCGUGACCAUGUCAGCUUGCAGAGAACGGUGACAUCGAGGAU